GUUGCGUGAGAAGCCAAUGAUACUUGUAUAAUGAUAUUAUCGUUCUUUGUCAGGUUUUUGUAGUUGUUCUUUUACUUUUCUAGCGUUAGCGUUUGCGUUUUGAUAUGGUUUUGGAACAAAUUGUUGCUGGGUGGCACUUCGGUGCGGCCGGACUGUCUCGUGAUGUUCAAGGGGGCCGUCGUGGCGGGUGUCUGGUCGUUGCUUUCUUUUUAUCGUGCGUUGCGCUAUGGUUGAGGGCGGACGAAGACCAGCGCGUUUUGUUUGCCUCGAUCUUCGGAUUGAGCCCAGCACUCGAAGGAGAAUCGGGGAGUCACGGCGUUGGUCGUUCGGAUACGUCCAAUUGGCGGGGGCUCGCAAGGAUUGAGCGGACACCGGUCCUCCCGGUUUUUCCAGAAUUACCAUUGUCAGAAGUGAACCGAGCUAAAGACCCUUCGCGACGGGCUUUCUUUUCUGCGGAUUACCAACGCGAUUUUCAGGACUCAUGGCGGACAGCGCGGCCAGGGACCCUGUUUUCGCUCGCACGGGGUCCGCUCAACUUCGGUGUCGCCUGGCGCGGCGGUGCACCGGCUACAGGAAAAAAGCGGAAGGUUGGCGGCAUUGGCGAUGCAACUAGUAGCAAGUCGGCAUCUUCUUUUGUGUGGCGUCACCACACAGUGACAGCGCCACAUUCCGAGGUGGCAUUUCGCUGGCGGCGACACAACGGGGCGACGUAUGGGGAGGAGGAGAUCUCAGAUGAGAAACUAGGUGUCGCCUUCCGUUUGGAGUAUCGCUCCUCUCCAGACGGCUUUGUUUUUCGAGCAACCUGCACGCGCGCCUCCACAGCACAACUAGAAGGCGUUUCGUAUGCGAAGAAGCAGUGCGACCAUGUGGAUUUCUUCCUUUACUGGUACAACGAGGACGUUGAAGAAAGGCAAGGGUCUUCUAUGUCCUCUGCCACGUCGAAUAGCAAAGACUUAUUCUUACGGCCAACGAGCUUUUCAUCUUGCUCUCGCAUCCGGGUGAGUGAACUACAAAUACUCUCAUCAGUGAAAAGCCGUGACUUUAGUUAGCUUCUACCUCAUGAGGAAUCACAAUCAGGGAGCGAUACAUGAUGUAUACAUACUAAAGCGGCGCCGGAUAGUGACAUCAAAGUCCUCGAAUCCGAACCGACUAAGAUCAUCAGUGACAUGAAAAUACUUCUAAUAUCUCAAGUGUCACUGGAAGAUCUCACGCCAAACAACAGUGGUGAAAGCGGCAGGCGAAGUCGGAAGGUGUUUGCUUCCGUAAAAACAUCGAGCCUUACAUUCGAUAUAACGCAGUCAUCUCUUCAAGUAGGAGAUGGCACGCAGGACGAAAAAGAGAUGACCACGUCUGAAAACCAGAAGCCCGAAGCUUGUACGCUGCCAGCCGAAGGGACGAGAUCACCUCGCAGUGCGAAAUUGUGGGACUUCGUUGCAGUCUGGAAAGAAUGCAGGAGAGCCAGUAAGAAGAAGAAAGGAGCAACAAGCUCCACUAAAAAUUUAUGGAACAUCUUGACGUACUUCGUUCGAAAAACGUGAUGCACUAUAUGGAUCAUGAUGUGCGCGUAUGCGGAGUCUUUUCCAUCAGAAUUACUGGUACUUACCUUUGUAAAAAGGCAAUACAUACUUACUUUUGCGGCACUUGUUUUUUCACGGAACUGAAGUGCCUGAAGUCUGACAGAUACUUUUCGCACAACAUAUUCUUGUGAUGGGGAAAACGCCUUUCUUCAUAACCAAGCAAUUAUGAGCGCACCGAUGCGGGUUCCAACUGGGUUGCUCUGCGCAUCCCGUUGCAUAGGAGCACUGUCACAGUGCGCGGAGGGAAAGCACAUGUAAAUGAGGAGCAGGAGGCAUUGGAUCUUGAAGAUGAGGUCGAGCAGAAACUUGCUGCCGGUCGGGCCGACUUCUGGGAGCGAAUGGAACGGCUUUUUCCCGCUGCGAGUGGGCUGCAAGGAGGCUCCUCGACUGCAAAUGACGGACAGGUGAGCCACGAGGACGAGACCAGCCACGCGAUCCGCGAGGCCGCGGUGGCCUCUCUUCUGGGAGGCAUUGGGACUUUUGAAGGCAGUCUUUUGUUGAAGGACUCGGAUGGGAACGAGCGGCAGCGGACUUCUGCGGUGUAUCGACUGAAGAGUGGAACACCUGCACGCGCAAUGUUUCCGCGCGGAUUCCUAUGGGACGAGGGCUUCCACGGUCUCGUCUUCGCGAAAUGGGAGGAAGAGUUAGGACUUCUCACUGACAGCGCAAGUCAAAAUCUUUGGGUUGCAUGUCAAAGUAAGUACCGGAACACUGAAAAUAUUUUUAUUGGAAAUAAAUAAGCGAGUAAUCCAUUCCUGAAAUGAAUGCUUGUUAACUUCUCAAGGCCGCUAGUAACAUACGGCUGCCACUUCAGUUAGUACCCGGUUUCGGUUCGUAGUUGCAGUUGAUUCUGUGCUUAUUUAUUAAGCUUCUGGAACAAGUAGAAAAUAACAUGACCUCCAAUGGCAACGUGGACGAAUAAGGUGGAUUGUGAUGUUGAGCUCUAACGCAGCUUUUUCUGGAGAUAUGCCUCGAUUGGUUUUCUCUCCAGGAUCGUAAAACAGGGUGGAUUCCGCGCGAAGUGCCCCUCGGGCUCGAGAGCGAGAGUUUCGUCCCCGACCGAUUUCUCGGUCAGCAAGCGGGCAUUAUGAACCCGCCUACGCUUCUGCUGGGCAUAUUGCAGUUAGUCGCAAAGUAUUUUCCGCAUGCAGGGGCUGGACAAGACGACGCGCCGAAUGCUGUCAAUUUAGGGAUCAUGAAUAUCAGAAGUUUUGACUUAGAAGUUUGAACACCUUUUUGCUCAAGUUCGUUGUCUUCACAGACUGAUUACGCAAUGAAUUGAUAUUAUUCGUUGAGUUGAAGAAACAUUAGAAGUCACGCAUGCUGAGUAAUUUAUGACGAAAUUACUCGUUCUGAAUAUAUUGAGUAUGCAAACAAUUCAUUUGUACAUGCUCAGAUUAAGAGCGAACCUCCGGGGAUCGUCUCAGUCAGUACAUACUCACCAUUGUGAAAGAUUAUACCAUAGAUCGAGACAAAACUUAUAUAUGACUAUCCCUCGAACUCGAGCUAAUUUUCUUCUGCAACUACUACACCGUAAAUCCAACGAACUACUUACGCAUUCUUCUAAAGACAUCAAACGCGGCAUCUACGGGUGAAUCUGCUACAACCGACACGCAUGAGCAAAGCUCUUCCAGAAGGUUCACGCGUUUUCUGUACCUGAUACUGCCUCACGUGGCCAAAUGGAUGGAGCAGUGGCACUUGUCACAGGAGAACGUUCUGCGAGUGCCUCGGGACGAGAAGAUGCCGACCAGUGUCUGGGACACGCUGCAAGUACUGUUGCACGGUCCGAAAAUUCGAGAUACCAGGGAAAUGGAGAGGACCUUUGGAGUCGACGAAGACACGUGUUAUCGCUGGAAGGACCGAGUAGACGAAAAACACACACUCAGCAGCGGCCUUGAUGACUAUCCAAGGGGUAGCGACUCCUUUCUCACUAUCAAUAUGAUAUCAUUAUGAAAUACCAAUGAAGAAGACGAUGAAUCCUAAUUCCUAUGUUGAACAUUAUGAAUAUGUGGUCUUUGUCAUUAAGAAAUUUUUUUCUUUUCGAGUACGAGUGUUGACGAAAGUAUCAUGUCACGCGCCGCUUUCUGCUCUUUUGUUUCUCUUAAAUACUUAGCUAACUGAACCUGAUGGCCUUUGAGGUAGGGCCAUCUCUUUGGUUCUUUGGUGUUGGAUGCGAUUGGCUUUAGAUCCUGGCAUGGUGAACCGGUGCCCUUGGUCUUGUCAGGAGCGGCGGUCUAGAGUCAGUGCGAGCACCCACCCCACCCAGUGUUCCUCCACCAGAGAACCUGGGGCGUUGGACGCCAAGGGCAGCAGCGUCGGUUUUUGAUUACUGUUUAUACUGUUUAACCGUUCCUCCUCGCCUUUGCUUUUCUCCUGACUGAUACCACGAGAGUUGAGCGUGGAGCGUGCGUCUCGUCUAAACACCCUCCGACCUGCCCUUCACCUACAUGCUGCUUCUUGAUCAGGGACUAACUUGGACUACUGCUAAACCUUCAUCUUCUUGUCUUUCUCUUUAGUGUGACUGAUGCUUCUAAGCAGAUAUCGUCAUGGGAGUUUUCGUUGUUGUACUGUGCACUGCAAGAAGUAGAAUAAGACAAAGGUGCUGUAUUGUUUCUGCUCUAUGAUUGUGAUCAACGUUAACGCAGGUCUCUUUGUGAACCCUUCUGAGGAAUGCCAUUUAGACAAUCACGUCUGGUUCACGCUUCUGGUGCAUUCUCUGGAGCGCAUCUGUGGCGCUCUCAGUAGUCUGGUGGAUGCGAAUGAUGAAGCGCUGUUUAAGGGGAGUAUCUGCGUAUAUCAUCCUUCCGUGACUGUGAGGCAUCGUCCUGCUGAGUCAAUUCCCGCCGAUAAUCAAGGGUAUGCUCAGGGAUUUCGAUUUCCUUAGUCACGGAUAUGAGUAAAUGACAUACUUACUAGCUUUAAGAUGUCUCCGUGGUGUACGGCACUGGACUAUUCACUCAUGGGCGAAAAACUUCGAGCCGGAUUGUACAAACAACACUGGGACGCAGGCCAGCAGAUCCUCGCGGAUUUCGCUGGGACUCAGCCAGUGAAGAAAAGAAAGAGAAAUUACGGCUGUGCCAGACUCUCCCCGUGUCUGUUGGAGAAAUAGAAUACCUACCACGUUACUGCAACAGUAUUUAUUGCAUAACACUAGCCUCCACAAGCUUCGCCCGGCUUCAAGUUAGUUUAGCACUUUCCUGCGGCCUCCCACGGGCUACAGCCGCUAGAGUAGAGACAGCCCGCGGGUGAGCUGUUGCACCUUACGAAUUGACUACGACAAGAGCCGAGUGCCGGCGGUGGCCGACUCAGAUGCGUCGACUCAUGUGCAGGGCAUUGCGCUGCCUUCGGUUUUUUUUUGAGAUUGCCGGGCGGGUCAUGCAAAUUCUUAAGAAUUUGCAAGACCCCCACGGCAGUCCAACAAAAAAACCAGAAGAGAGCCACCAGACACGCACAAGAAUCCGCAAGCCCCAACGCACGCAAGCGCCUCGCGGUGGCGCCAGGCAAGAACGAGGGGCGACCUUGAUGGGCCAAACAAGACAAAGCAACGCAGGGCCGCGCUGCUUGGGUCUCUCUACGCGCUUACACCUGGCGGGGCUUCUUUGUUUCGUCAGAUGUCUCUCGUCAGAAACAGGCGGGCGCACUUCGCGGGGUCGUGCGGCGUCGCGCUUCGGGCUGUGGCUGAAGCCUCUCGGCUGGCUGACGUCUUUCACCAAGCUGGAGACUAAGGCCCUCCAUCAGGCUGAUGCCGUUCGUCAGCCCAACGCUCUGCGCCAGGCUGGCGGCGUUCGUCGGGCAGGCCGGCGCCCCUCGGCAGGCGUCUUGGGUCAGGCUGAGGCUUUUCGUCAGGGUCGGGCGACGUCUCUCGUCAGGCUGAAGCGCUUCGCCUGGCUGACAUUCCUCGCCGGGCCGAGACUCACGCCUUUGGUCAGGUUGAUGGCUUGCUUCAGCUCGGCGCCGUUCGUCAGGCUGAUGCACUCGCCAGCCAGGUGAGGCCUCUCGCCAGACCGGCGCAAUGCUUCGCCAGGCGUCUGCCUUGCGUCGGAACAGGCUGAGCGGGGCCUCUCUUCGGGCUGUGGAUGUCUCUCCUUCGUAAGGUUGAUUCCGUUCUUUCGUCGGACUGACGUGCUUCGCCAGAUUGACCGCGUUCGCCGGACUGACGUCCUUCGCGAAAGGUCUUCGCUAUCUUCAAGGGCCUCGCGCCACAGGGAGGCCCCGCGUCAGUUUUUCUGGCGGAGGUCGUUCGUCAGAUGUCUGCUGUCGUGGGUCUCACUCUUGUCCUGUCGGAGGUCUUGGGCCCAAAGGUCGUCUUUGGUCCACAGGUCGCCGGUGGUCCACAGGUCGCCUGUGGCCCAAAGGUCGGCUUUGGUCCAAAGGUCGGCUUUGGUCCAAAGGUCGGCUUUGGUCCAAAGGUCGUCUGUGGUCCGGAGGUCGUUUUUGGUCCAAAGGUCGCCUCCCUUACUUUGGUCCAAAGGUCGCCCUACUUUGGUCCAAAGGUCGCCCUACUUUGGUCCAAAGGUCGCCCUACUUUGGUCCAGAGGUCGAAGGGUCGCCUUACUUUGGUCCAGAGGUCGUCCUACUUUGGUCCAGAGGUCGGCGCACUUUGGUCCAAAGGUCGGCUUACUUUGGUCCAAAGGUCGCCUUACUUUGGUCCAAAGGUCGCCUUACUUUGGUCCAAAGGUCAACUUACUCUGGUCCAAAGGUCGCCCUACUGUGGUCCAGAGGUAGACGCACUUUGGUCCAGAGGUCGCCUGUGGUCCCGCGGUCGUCUUCGGUCCCAAGAUCGUCUUUGGUUUCAAGGUCGUCUUUGGUCCCAGUGUCGUCUUAAGUCCCAAGGUCUCCUGUGGUCCAGAGGUCGCCGGCCUGUGGUCCAAAGGUCGCCCCUGGGUCAAAGAUCGCCUUUGGGUCAAAGAUCGCCUGUGCUCCAAAGGUCGUCUUUGGUCCAAAGGUCGCCUUUAGUCCGAAGAUCGCCUUUAGUCUGAAGAUCGCCCUUGGUCCAACGAUCGCCCUUGGUCGAAAGCUCGCCUUUGGCCCAAAGAUCGGCUUUGGUCCAUGUGUCUUUGGUCCAAGGUCUUUGCCCUUUCGGUGGGCGGUCUUUCGUUGGCUGUCUCUCUUUGGACUUUUCUCUGCAGCUUGCGCCCCCACCCCCGUCGGCCAUUUUUCUGCCUUCUUUUCUGGUGGUCUGCCACGGGGCCGCAACGUAAAUCCCAACAAGGAAACGGCCGGAGGCUAUCAGGCUUGAGAAUGAGGGGAAAGGGCAGGAGGCUAUGGGCAAUAGCUUCGCGAAAGAAGCUGACUAAUCUCCAGUGGGUUAGGCGGGGAGUUUUAUGGCGAGAUUAAUAAUGUAGAUUAAUAAUAUAGAUUUUAGUAGCUGCAGUAGGUACAACGAAGUAAUUUUUUCGAGACAUGUGUUGAGAUUUGUCUAAGUAAAAAACAACGAAGACGGUCCGGACUUUCAAGCAAUCGUUUCUCCGCCAUGGGACGGUAAUGGGCAGUGCGGAGUUGCUGUCGAUGCUUUAGUUAAGAGAAAAUUUUCACGACGAUGUAUUUCUUUCCUUCAAUAAAUUUCUAUUUCAAUCGAUGGGUAAUGCCCCUCCGAAACCUCCUUGAACUUUCCUUGUCUGGCUUCAUGCUCACGGGGAAGCCAAGGGUAACGACUGAGUUAGCACUUCGGUCAGGAUGAUCAGGCAAAUCCAAUUUACUUAUCAAGUUUUUCUGUCUCUUUCUGCUUUCCUCAUUCUUAACCUUAGCAGAUAGAAAAGGAAAUUGAAAAACUGCCGCUAAAUUCGGUCGACGCGUGAGGAAAGAGUGCGAGAUCGGGCAGUGCUGCUCGCCGUCGGGUUGGUGCGGGAGCACACCUGAAUACUGCAAUUGUCCACAGUGUACUUACGGCUACUGAAAAUUUAUCUUCAUCAGAAGCAUCUAGGUUGGCAGAGUGAGCGUUCUGGUAGUUGUCCGAGAACACAUUACUAUAGUAAGAGAACGCUCUUCUUUUUCAUCAAGACGAGUCAGUAAGGAUCAUGUUGCGUCAGUACAUUAUCAUAGAUAUCGCGAAGUGUGUAUCAGUUUUCCUUUUCUUUCUUCAUCCUAAGAUACAUAAGUAAGUAGGAAAGUCUAACGCCCAAAGUUCACGAAGCCUUUACGCGACCGGCCAGGGUAUAAAAAAGUGCUCCCUCUACACAGCCCCCAUUUCGGAUACGUCAAUCUUCUACCAUACGUCUUCGGGUUGGAAAAUUAUGAACAGUAAGUAGUUAUACUCAUAGUUCUGCUGCUGUUUAUGGCGUAACAAAUAAAACUCCACUGGCUACUAGUACUAGUACCAUGGAUCAGUUCUUUGUAGUACAAGUACACCAUCUUUUCAAUUUCGCUCUAAUACGCAUUGUCGCUGGAAGACGGUCGUUUUCUAGCGCGAAUGCAGACCGAGCUUUUCUCCCCCUUCGGUGUGCGGUCGCUUUCCAAUCUUGACGAACUCUCUGGAAAAGGCGAGAAUUACUGGCGAGGAAAAAUCUGGGCCAACAUUAUGAUAAGAUUAUACCCGCUUCGGAUUCACUACGUCAGUAACUUAAGUACGACGUCGUGAUAAAUUGAUGAGAUUUUUUACCUUGGCUUUGUUCACCUAUCAAACUCAUGAAAAUUAUCUGCAUUGCCUGACAUCCGCAUUUGUGCCAAGCUUUGGCGAGGCCUAUCUCGACGUUCUGAUUAGGAUAUAUAAGGAUACUUGAUCCAGAUGAUUUAGCAGUGGUGGAAGGUUUUUAUCUUCUAAGGAAAUGAAUUUGCUUCUCUUCGCACGAAUGCAGAGUGACCUGGACAUCGCGUCUCGUGCCACUGAGGAUCAAGCUGAAUUAUUAGCAGAUUCACUGGAGGAUAUGCUGGCUCGGUCUAGAGACGGGUUUCUUCUCAACUUAUGACUGCUGGUUGAGCACUAAUUCUACGCAACUUCAGGGACGAGCAUUGAUCUUGAUGCUAGUUCAUGAUUGAGCAACAUCAAAGCUCUCUGUGUGAAAGAAACCUCGCUUUUCGUUUGAGAAAUAUUCCAUCCUCAGUUUUAAAGUGUCAGAAAUGAAUAAAAGCAAGAAGGAGUAAAAGAAGAUAGUCGCUUGAACUUCAACGAGGAUAAGAGUAUAACUCUAGAUUAAUAGUCGCUUGCACUUCUAACUAGGAUACUAGGAUGAUUAGUAGAUUAGUAGAUGCUUAUGCUAAUGCUUGCACUUACUAGCAUGAAGACGCACUUCAUACAAAAACAAGUAAGUGCCACCUCCACCUUCUAAUCAAGGUUGAAAGAAAUUACCGACAGCAUGGCAACUUCUUCGAGAACUUUGAUCCUGUAACUGGAGAUGGUACAGGCGCUCUUCCUUUUACAGGAUGGACGGCAGCGGCGUAUCUCCUCUUAUUUAUGUUGAACAGGAAUCGGUGAAGAAUGUGUAUUUCAAAUUAAUUAUGUAGAUCUUGCAACUGAUAAUUGCUACCUGCAAAAGAAUACCGUUAAAGAUGUUGAGAUAGAUGGCGACAGCAAGGACUCUUCACUUGAUUCUACUAGUUUCAAAGACCUCUGAUUCGUCACGACUUUACUCUCUAAUUUCACGACCACGACAGCAAGUGGGACUAGUGCAGGAGUUGGAGCAUUGACCUCUCUUCUUCCGAACCUGGGAGGCACAAAAGCGCCGACGCUCGCUGAGAAGGAACUUUAACUUAACACCUGUUGUUAGAUCAAAUAUAGUUAGUGUGCCGCGCAAGAACCUUGCUCGAGGCACGCACCCAAGGUUUUUCUCCCACAUACCUGUAAGCAACAUAGAUAUUGCUUUCCAGGGGCGAUGUUUGAAACUACUAACUAUGCGAGGACUACAGAUGGAUCGAACCGUACAAACAAAAUGCAACGCGAACUGCCGAUUGAAGUGCUCAAUUGGACUCCAAGAUUCUGCCCCUCCUGUGAUCGUAUACCAGGCUUGUUAUACUGGAGCACAUUAUCCCGGAUCCCAUCGACGUAAAAACGGAUUCAAGAAUACAAAAUAGCUGUGCUUUGUUACUGUGAGGAUCAACAAGUUAUUCAAGUUUCGAAGGAGUAUGCGCGGCGUCAAAGCUCUUUUCUGCCAUCUAAUCGUACGUCUGUUGUUGUAGGCAAACUCCUAGAGUAUUUCAGAAUCCAGCAGCAGCACGUCCACGUAAACUUGGUACAGGAGGAAUGGAAUGCGUUGGCAUUUACAGAGAUCCACGAUGAUCACUUGUCGGGACCUGCGUGGUCUUGUUGUAAACAGAAUGGACGAUUUUGAAUCAGGAAGCAUACCUGUGAAUGCAAUCGUCACUGGAGGUGAUAGUACAUCGACGACAGAAUGAGAUCCAAUCAAAUAAAUAUCAGUGCGACAUGUCUGCGGAUGGUGCAGCAGGUCAUGACACGUCGAAUGAUAAAG